CAUAUGUCAUCAGCUCUCGUGCCAUUAGAACCACAAUGGCAACCAAAGAACACACAUCUUUCCACAGCAACACUCCCCCUUUUCUUCCUCCUUCCAAGAUCCCCCGUCUCUCUUCAUAUCCGACGUCACAAGAAGCCGCGGCCAUGGCGUCUCCCUCCCCUCUAACCCUCGGCCUUCAACUAGGUCUCAAUGGGAGUUCCGUUUCCAGCCCCCCCAAAAAACCGAUUUUUACAUUCAUGCAAAUGCAAGAGCUGGAGCAUCAAGCCCUCAUCUACAAGUACAUGGCGGGUGGCCUCCCCGUCCCGCUGCACCUUGUCCUCCCCAUAUGGAAAAGCGUCGCCGCUGCCAACUGCGGUGGCCGUCACUACCCUCCUUUUUUGGGAUGCGGAGAUCUGUGUUUGGACUACAGGAACAGUCUGGAGCCGGAGCCGGGGAGGUGUAGAAGGACGGAUGGAAAGAAAUGGCGGUGUUCGCGUGACGUGGUUCCCAACCAGAAGUACUGUGAGCGCCACAUGCAUCGUGGACGGAAUCGUUCGAGGAAGACUGGCGAAGCAGGCGGCAGCGGCGGCGGCGGUGGCGGUGGCGAUGGCGAGGACUUUCAUCAGCUGAUGCCUGGUGUUCCAAUACCUUAACGGCGCAGCUAGCUAGCAGCACGUUGAAGUAUAUGGAUUUCACUUGCCUGGACUUCACCAUUAGGC